CUCUUCCACGUCCGUGCAACAUGCGAUGCUGGAGUUAUUGAUUGCAAAAUAGGAGAGAGCGCUUUUACCUCGCAUGCCUGAUGGAUUCUCAUAAAAUAUGCUGGCAGGUCACGUGAUCUGUAGAGUUAGCCAUCAUGGAUUGUUGAUCGCGAGGAUGGAAGUGAGAUGCUGCAUGGUGUAGACACCCGAGGCGUUUGUGAUAUCUCGUGUCUGCUGUAGUCGGGUGUGAGCGACCGAUCGCGAGGCUUUAUCAGCGAGUAGUAUGCAGAUGACUGGCGAGAGCAGGCUAGAGUGGGCAGAGACAAGUGGCGCCGAGGAAGCCCGACGCCAGGACAGGUAUGGGGGCAACUUCUCAAUCCCCCAGUUCAAACCCUGGGGCGCCCAGGGGGCUGUAGCCACGGUGUCCGUCAUAUUCACCUUCUGGAUCGUGCUGGCAAAUGCCUUCCUCAUAGCAGUAAUCCUAACCAGCAGAUACCUACGUAAACAGAGACCCACGCUGUAUGUCGUACAGAUCGCAAUAGCAGAUCUAGCGGUUGGGGUGUUUUAUUGUCCACUCGCUGCCGACUUCUACCUCAAGCAGGUGUGGACUCACGGCUGUGAGAGUUUGUUUAUCUGGAAUACAUUUCUGUACUACACAACAUUCAUUAGUGUUCAUGCCUUGGGGCUGAUUAAUCUAAAUCGUCUUUUGGGGCACUGCUGUCGUCUUCGAUUUGGCCCCAAACUGAAAUUAGCCAUAAACUUGACCUUGAUCCUUCUGCUGUGGUUCUACCUGGUUUUCUUUGGUCAAUCUGUCCAGAACUUCAGAGCAACUGAAGCUGUCAUCGUUCACCCUAACCUCUUCUGUCAUGCUGAUAUCUCCUAUACAGGUGCACUCGCGUCAAGUCUCCUGGGAUUUUUCGUUCCGGCUGUUUUGACCGUCAUCUUUUUGGUCAUUAUAAUCAUCAAAGAGAAGUUCUCCCAUCCCACUCACCAUGAGCUUAACAGGAUAGAGGACAAAGUGUUCAGUCUGAAGGUUCUGUGUGGAGCCAACGCGAUCACUCUGGUAAUGUCACUCCCGUGCUUUGUUCUCAUCGUAGGGCUUAGUCUGGGAAGCUGUGGAUCUCUGGAAUGUAUCCACUGGAUCUUGCCCGUCACUACGGUCUUUGAAUGGCUUCUGUUUGCAAAGUCAGGUAUUCAACCCGCGAUCUGGCUCAUCAACCCAGACUACAAAACCGCCAUGCUGCCCGUCGUUCGCUUCAUCAGACGACAGCCAGGCAUGGACACAACGGAACUGGUAGAAGCAGACGAUAAUUCGGAUGAGGAUGAACCUCCGAACGAGGGAUCUGACAACCGCGCGCACAAACCUCAGUGUGCAGAGGAAGCACCGGCAGGUGCAGGGUAUGGAACCAGUUGUUGACUUGAGAAUACUUCAAUUCAGGGCUUUGGAAGCAGACCUUGAUGUCCUGUAGGUGUUUGGAAUUAGUUCGUGAUGUGACCGAGAGAACGUUUGAGAACAGUCUCAUGAUUCCUGCCUGAGGAAUAACUAUGGUAUUAGAACUUUGGAAGCAGCUGGGUGCAGUGUCUGGUUCAAUGCAUCUUGGCACAAUACGAUUACACGGUAGUUAGGUAAUCGUGAUGAUACACCGGGUGAAGGAAGACCUAUAUUUGUCAGGAACUCCAGCGUUUUAACAGUAGAGACGUUGAUGAGAAUCCAGGUACAAUUGAUAUAUAAAGUUGUGGCAAACUGCACGCUCAACUACAUACACAAAUACAUAUGUUGCUGCUGAAUAGGACUUGACAUGCUUCCAGGACAAAGCCUGCUUCUGUCCAAAGUUUGAACCAUCUCAUGACCUUAAGUGAACAAUUUCGAUUACGUUUAUGCUCUUCAUGUACAUAUGAACCGCUACCGGGGAAUCUCUCAAGUACCAGGGUGUUCAGCUCUUUUUAUAGAGUAUAUAUGUGAUUUGAACACCAACGCUGAAAUGUGCUGUUUAGGAAAUUAAAGUUUCUCUAUUCUUACUGUUGUGGGUUACCUACCCCAUUUUCUAGGAGUAUUUGUACCGUUAGGACUGGACUAUGCACAGAGACGCCCUAAGCACAUUAGAACUAGCGGCCAUGACGGGACCGGCAACGCACGACUACAUCAGCUACAUCAACUCAUCCCAGAUGUGACCAAGACGGAGUGUUACAUUCUGGAUAAUGUCUCUAUUGUGUUAAAUCCGUUUGGUAAAUGACGGUAACUAAAUCAUUUUACUUCACACCUUGUAUAUCAUGCACCACAGUAUAUUUAUAAUUGUAGAAAGGAUGUUUUGCGCCUUAAAAUGUUUAAAACCUGUUUUAAGUCAGCUCAAGCCUAAAUCCGGACACAACACAUCGAGUGUUUUUCUUUAGGUCUCAAAA